ACCAAGACCUACCCUCCCCGCCAACUACACUCGAAACCAAACAUCCAGAAUUAGGAUCUGGGUUCAAUCUAGCAAUGGCAGAAAAGACCUUCAAGUUAACCAUAAAAGUUGACCUACGCUGCUGUUGUUGCUACAAAAAGAUUCAAAAGAUUCUAUGCAAGAUCCAAGAACGAUAUCAGAGCAUAAAAACUAUCACCUAUGACGUGAAGAACAAUACUGUCACACUAUCCGGCCCAUUCGAUGCCGAGAUGCUCGAGAGGAAGCUCCGCUGCAUGGCCUGCAGGGUGAUCAUAGACAUAAAAAGUGAAGAGGUCAAGCCACCCAAACCAAAAACUACGGAGAUAACAGAAGAAAUCUUAGUAUGUGAGCCUUGCAAGAAGCCCAAAUGCACGGUGAUUAAGAAGCGGAUCACCGAGAAAACUAAGGACACUCCAUCCAAAAAGGAUGACGAGAAAAAAACUAAGGACGUUCACGUCGUAGUAUGUGGCCAUCCACAAUGCUCGGAUCCCUGUCCGCCACCGUGUGAAUCACCAUGUCAGCCAAAGUGUGAACCACCGUGUCCACCAUCGUGUGAACCACCGUGUCCACCACCGUGUCCGCCACCGUGUCAACCACCAAUUUGUCAGGUUUGUUGCCGGAUGCCCUCCUCUGGGGGGAACCAAGGAGGGUCUUGCUGUUACUCUUGUGGAAGGAUCUACGGAUGUGCGCCUGAUUGUCCACCAAUGCCCUAUGGUGGAACCUCUUAUGGAGGAUACCAGUUCAUUCUUAAGGAGGAUCCAUCAACGUCAUGUACCAUCAUGUGAUCGAUCGUGUGUAUCCAUGUUUUUCCUUUGCCAAAAAAUAAUAAUAGUAAUAAGGGUGAAGGAUGUUAGAGUUAUAUGUGGGAGAAUAAUGUGGAAAUAAAGUGUUAUUUCCGUGUAAUAUUUUCAUUUGGAAUAUUGUGUGAAAGAAAUAUUAUAUAUAUGCUUGAUAAUG